CCUGCAACUCUCUCUCUCUCUCUCACCAAAUGGGACUCUGCUUCACCAAAUCCCGUGACAUUACAAUCGCAUCCUCCUCCGCCUCUGAAUCACCUCCUCGUCCUUCAAAUCAGGCUCCCAGGAUAACCCAAGAACGGUAUAACCCAACUCUAUCCAAACCGGCCUCCACUUCCUCUAAAGCCACUUCGACUUCUGAAGAGAUUGGACACAUUCUUCGCAAACCGUACGUUGAUUUACACUCUAUUUACGUUCUCGACAGAGAGCUGGGGAGGGGUCAGUUUGGGAUUACCUAUCUCUGUACAGAGAGGGCCACGGGUCAAAAAUACGCGUGCAAGUCCAUAGCGAGGCGGAAGCUCCCAAAUCAUAAGGAUAUUGAAGACGUUAGGAGGGAGAUUCUGAUACUACAGCACCUGACAGGGCAGCCCAAUAUCGUGGAGUUCAAGGGCGCUUAUGAGGACAGGCAGAAUCUGCAUUUGGUGAUGGAGUUGUGCUCAGGGGGCGAGCUCUUCGACCGGAUCAUCGCCAAGGGUAGCUACUCCGAACGCGAAGCGGCGUCGAUUGCUCGGCAGAUUGUGAACGUGGUUCAUGCGUGUCAUUUCAUGGGGGUGAUGCAUAGGGACUUGAAGCCCGAGAAUUUCUUGAUGGUGAGCAAGGAUGAGGAAUCUCCCAUAAAAGCCACCGAUUUUGGACUCUCCGUCUUCAUUGAAGAAGGGAAAGUGUACAAAGACAUUGCUGGAAGUGCAUACUACGUGGCCCCAGAGGUGUUGCGGCGACGCUAUGGGAAGGAGGUGGAUGUCUGGAGUGCUGGAGUCAUUUUAUACAUCCUCCUGAGUGGGGUGCCUCCUUUUUGGGCUGAGAAGGAGAAAGGCAUAUUCGAGGCAAUUUUAGAAGGCAAUCUUGACUUGCAGAGCGCUCCAUGGCCUAAUAUAUCUACUGGUGCUAAGGAUCUGGUCGGGAAAAUGUUAAUGGAGGACCCUAAGAAACGGAUUACUGCUGCCGAUGCUCUUGAACAUCCAUGGUUGAAGGAAGACGGUGAAGCAUCUGACAAACCUAUUGAUAAUGUCGUUUUAAGUAGGAUGAAGCAAUUUCGAGCAAUGAACAAGCUGAAAAAACUCGCACUAAAGGUCAUAGCAGAGACCCUUUCAGAAGAAGAAAUAAAGGGGUUGAAACAGAUGUUCAACAACAUGGACACUGAUAAAAGUGGUACAAUAACAUUUGAAGAACUCAAAACUGGAUUGUCCAGGCUUGGAUCUAAGCUUACUGAAGCAGAAAUCAAGCAGCUGAUGGACGCUGCUGAUGUUGACAGUAGCGGGACUAUUGAUUACAUCGAAUUCAUUACUGCUACCAUGCAUCGGCAUAAACUCGAGAAGGAUGAAAGCCUCUAUAAGGCGUUUCAGUACUUUGACAGAGAUGGCAGCGGGUUUAUAACAAGAGAGGAAUUAAGACAAGCCAUGACUAAAUAUGGAAUGGGGGAUGAUGCUACCAUAGAUGAAGUGAUCGAAGAUGUCGAUACUGAUAAAGACGGGAGAAUCAACUAUGAAGAGUUUGCAGCCAUGAUGAGAAAGGGAACCCAAGAUAAUGGUGGGAAAUCGUAGAUAAGUUGAGGUGAAAGAUAUGAUGUACAUAUGUACAUGGAAUAAAACCCCCUCACCACCAAAGCUCAAUCUCUGCUCUCAGAUCAAAUGUCUCUAAAUUUGAGGCAUUACUGCUGCCAUUGAGUCUGCUACUAGUAAUGAUCAUCUAGAAAUGAAAUAUAUAUGUGAUGUUACCUUAUUAGCCUCUCCCCUACUCCCUUAUUCCCAUGUGUCAACGAACACCUUUUUUUUCUGGUUUCUUAGCAUUUUAAAUCUGGUCCAUGCGGACCCUCUAAAUAUGUAAUUUCUCAGCCCGAUGGAAAAUUGUAAGUAAAUUCAGACAAAUGGUAUAUAAAUAAAUAAACUUGUAUGUUUGA